AUGGGUUCUUUUUGGUGCACUUGUCUGAUUUUGUUAUCACUGGGUUCUGCUUCAUUAGCCGCCAACCCAAGGAGUCCUGUUGAUGUGCCAUUCGGCAGAAACUAUGUCCCUACUUGGGCCUUUGAUCACAUCAAAUACUUCAAUGGAGGUUCUGAGAUUCAGCUUCAUCUUGAUAAGUACACUGGUACUGGCUUCCAGUCCAAAGGGUCUUACUUGUUUGGUCACUUUAGCAUGUACAUUAAAAUGGUUCCUGGUGAUUCAGCUGGCACAGUCACUGCUUUCUAUUUAUCUUCCCAAAACGCUGAACAUGAUGAGAUAGAUUUUGAGUUCUUGGGGAACAGAACAGGACAACCAUACAUUUUGCAAACAAAUGUAUUCACAGGAGGACAGGGUAACAGAGAACAAAGAAUCUAUCUCUGGUUUGAUCCUACAAAAGGCUACCACAGAUACUCAAUCCUGUGGAACAUGGUGCAGAUUGUUUUCUAUGUGGAUGAUGUACCAAUAAGGGUGUUCAAGAACAGCAAUGACUUGGGAGUGAAAUUCCCAUUUAACCAACCAAUGAAGCUUUACAACAGUUUGUGGAAUGCUGAUGAUUGGGCCACAAGGGGUGGUUUGGAGAAAACAGAUUGGUCUAAAGCACCCUUCAUAGCCUCUUACAAAGGGUUUCACAUUGAUGGGUGUGAAGCCUCUGUGAAUGCUAAAUUCUGUGACACACAAGGUAAGAGAUGGUGGGAUCAACCAGAGUUUCGUGACCUUGAUGCUGCUCAAUGGCAAAGGCUCAAAUGGGUGCGACAGAAAUACACAAUUUACAAUUACUGCACUGACCGCAAACGCUACCCUCAAAUCCCUCCUGAAUGCACAAGAGACAGAGACAUUUAA